GGUGCUUUUGUGCAGGGUGUACGCUGCCCAGUCAUGGUCUUAUAAAAAUACAAUACUGCCGGACUGUUAGAGACUGGUGAGCCGGAUACAAGUAGCCUACCAACGAGGUGGUGACUCUUACCAUAUCUAGAGUUAACUUCACACAGGAUGCCAGGAUCAGCCCCAAUCAGUUGUUUGGGCCCAUGGCCCAAAGAUGUGGGUAUCAUCGCCAUGGAACUGUACUUCCCGUCCCAGUAUGUGGACCAGGCUGAGCUGGAGCAAUUAGACUGUGUGCCAGCUGGUAAAUACACUGUGGGCCUGGGCCAAGCUCGCAUGGGCUUCUGUUCAGAUCGCGAGGACAUCAACUCUUUGUGCCUCACAGUGGUCCAGAGGCUGAUGGAGAGGAAUGACCUCUCUUAUGACAGUGUGGGUCGACUGGAGGUUGGCACUGAGACCAUCAUUGACAAGUCCAAAUCUGUCAAGACAGUUCUCAUGCAGCUGUUUGAGGACUCUGGCAAUACAGAUGUGGAGGGCAUUGACACCACAAAUGCCUGCUACGGAGGUACAGCUGCACUCUUCAAUGCUGUCAACUGGGUGGAGUCCAGCUCAUGGGAUGGGCGUUAUGCUUUGGUUGUUGCCGGUGACAUUGCUGUCUACGCCACAGGAAGUGCCCGACCUACAGGGGGUGCAGGUGCAGUGGCCAUGCUGGUUGGGCCUAAUGCUCCUCUGGCCUUUGAACGAGGUCUGCGAGGAACCCAUAUGCAGCAUGCAUAUGACUUCUACAAGCCAGACCUGGUGUCAGAGUAUCCUGUGGUCGAUGGCAAGCUGUCAAUAGAGUGCUAUCUAAGUGCCUUGGACCGCUGCUACUCUGUGUAUCGCAACAAGAUCCACGCACAGUGGCAAAGAGAGGGCUCAGAGAAGCGUUUCAGCUUGGAUGACUUUGGCUAUCUAGUCUUCCAUUCCCCAUACUGCAAGCUGGUCCAGAAGUCAUUGGCUAGACUGAUGUUGAAUGACUUUCUGAGCCACCCAUGCCCCAACACUGAGACGGGAUCCUUCACAGGCCUUGAUGCCUUCAGAGAUGUACAGCCAGAACAGACCUUCUUUGACCGGGAUGUGGAGAAGGCCUUCAUGAAGGCCAGUGCAGAUCUGUUUGAGAAGAAGACCAAGCCAUCCCUGCUGAUCUCCAACCAGAAUGGAAACAUGUACACCCCCUCUGUCUAUGGCUGCCUGGCAUCACUCAUUUCACAACACACACCUUCACAGAUAGCAGGAGAGAGGAUUGGAGUUUUCUCCUAUGGUUCAGGAUUUGCUGCUACUCUGUAUUCUCUCAGAGUCACACAAGACCACACACCCGGAUCUGGUCUGGACAAACUUGUUUCCAGCCUAAGUGACCUGAAGGUCAGACUGGACUCAAGGAAGAAGGUGUCACCUGCUGUCUUCUCUGAGAACAUGAAGCUGAGAGAGGAGACACAUCACUUAGCCAGCUACGUCCCCCGAAGCUCAGUGGAGGAUCUUUUCCCAGGUACAUGGUACCUCACACGAGUGGAUGACAAACACCGCAGGGAAUACGCUCGAAGACCUCUGGAUGAUGACCUGGCAGCAGAGCCAGAACUUGUUCGCUCCAGCACUGCUAAUGAGAGUAGAUGAAGAGAGCGCAAGUUGCAGCCGCGAGGACAGGGAAAGUGCAGGCAGCCAGGAGAAGGAGUGAUUUGCACGUUGCAGUGCAGCCUCUUGUUCUUACUGUUCAAAACUGUUCUACCAACUUGUUCUACAAACCAAUACACCAUGAAAUUGGAAAAGAGGAAAAAGAUUGAAGGAAAAUAUUGAACAAAUUGUUAAAAUUAAAUCAGGGAACUGAUCACAGAUGUAUUGUGUCUGUGUGUUUUUACAUCUGUUGUUGCUUUAAUUUGCAGCUAUGCCUUUAAUGAAGUUGACAUGUCAUGACACACAAGCCCCCCCACUGUCCACGUAGCCUUGGCAAUAAACUGACAAGAAUUUGAUGAUUAAAUGUCAAGGUCAUUGUGACCUUGCAUCUGUCAUUCUUGUGAAUCCAAUAAUGCAAGAAGGCCUUGAAAUUUGGCACAAACGUCCACUUGGACUCAAAUGCUGCGAGGGUCAUAAGGACAGAGGGAUGUCGUAUGCUGUAAAGCCCUGUGAGGCAAAUUGUGAUUUGUGAUAUUGGGCUUUAUAAAUAAAAUUGAUUGAUUGAAAUGAACUGAUUAGAAUUUAGUGGUCAAAGGUCAAGGUAAUCUCAUAUUACAUGUUUUUGGCCAUAAUUCAAGAAUUUGUAUGCUAAUUAUGACAAAAUGUCACAUAAAUGUCUUAACAGGAUAAAAUGAUAAAGUGCUAACAUUUUCUAUCCAAACGGUCAAAGGUCAGCUUUACUUUGACGACAUAAUGUUCUGCAAAAACACUUUCUUGGCCACUACUGAACAUCAUAUCUCAGUAACAGAAGGGGAGACAUUUGGUAAGAUACUGAAUUGGUGACACUUAUCUUAGGUGUCCACCUUGAAACUGUGCUGAUUGUUUAGAUCUUCUGUGCUGUUAGGGAGAAGAUGUGUAUGAAGCACCCAUGUUUUGAAAGACAUGGAUGUAAACUUUAAGUGCACUGCUGCGCUCAAGCAUACAACCACGUGGCAGUAAUUUCAGUGUUAUACAAAGUGGAAAAUUACAGUAACUUGUAAUGUCUUGUAAUUUACAAGAGGAGACAAUUUUCAGGAAGGCAGCAUUUGACAAAGUUUAUAAAGUUACCCUUAACUCUACAACUCACAAAAUGCAGUGAUUUUAUUUAAAUGUGUCUGGUAUUUUCUCCCCAGGUGACAAAUUAGUGUAUUGUGUUACUGUACUCUUUAGCCUGUGUCCAAAACACAUUGCACCAUGUGUCCAUGAAGAAAUAUGAGUAGGUCGUGCUUAUAACUGCUGCAUGGAAUGCUACAUAAUGUCAACCAGGGAAGGAUUGCUGAUUAAAUGUCCAACAGUUAGGUCUGACAGCAAAGCUUAAUGUCUUGUUUGUUUGAGAAGUGAUUAAAGAUUCAGCGUGAACAAUGGAUAAAUGAAAGAUAUAUUUGCCUUUGUGUAGAUUAAUUUCACUUAAAUUAUUUGAAAUGGGUUUUUUUUAAAUUAUAGUUAACCUUAUUUGUUAACUUGUUACACACAAGAAUAAUGUGUGGACAAAGGUGAUUUAUUCUUUCAUUUGUAAAUUAAUGGCAAUAUUAUUUGCCUAACGGAAAUCUAACCUGUCCUCUGUAUCAGCUGUCUGACUGUGGCUGGGCAAGGUUAGUUGAGAGUGAUUCAAAGUUAGCAGGAAAGCCACAUCUAGAUGGCUGAUAGCCAAAGGAUGACAGAAGCAGAUUUCCACUUGGCCGAUAAUAUUGCAACAAUAAUUAAGGCAUGUAUCUUGAAUGUAACAAAGGUGCCAGACUUAAUACAAUUCUGUGGUUGUGGGGGUGGUCAGAUCUGUAAAAUGUUCCUGCUUUUUUUUAAUCCUUUGCCAAUCACAUCCCUGAUAACAGAGCAGUAGAUCAGAAAUGUUAUUUACCCUAAACCAUUAAGUGCUUUAUAAACCAGCAGUUCAUGUUAUGAUGUUAAUGGUCUGUUUUCCUC